CAACACUGAUUAUAACAGCUGCAGUAUUUAUUUUAUAGCCCAGGGAGAUUAAGAGGUCGUUAUCAGUAUAUUUCUUGGUUGUCUUAAAUUUAUUUAAAUAUGCCAAAAGUAGAACCAAGACAAGUUUCUCCUGUUAUUGCAGCUAUAAGGAAUUUCUUUCUAGGAAGAAAGCAUGAUACCCCUCUGAGGUAUGCUGAUUACUACGCAGCUCGCACACAGCCUCCUCCUGACCUACCUGAAGGUCCUCACCAUAGAUUCUCAGCUAACUAUUACUACAGUCACGAUGCGCGCAGAGAAGUCUCUCCUCCUGCAGUUUUAGCCAGUUACCAAAAACAAAUUGCAGCUCCUGAAUCCAAAGAUGUGGCAGCUUCUGGUGGCCCCAAAACUCCAGGCAAAGUGUACCAUUGGGACUGAAUUUGAAAAAAAUGUGAACAUUAAAUAAAGAAUAAUAGUUAAUUCCAAAACCAUUUUUGUAGUAAAUUUGUUGAAUAAAUUAUUUAUUGGUUCA